AUGGUUAAAAAAGGAGACAUCACCAUCCUGAUGGGUGACCUAAACGCACAAAUUGGCCAAUGCAAUCUGGGCCGCGAAGAGAUAAUGGGUCGACAUGGGUUAGGUGUACUCUCAGGGAAUGGUGAACUAUUCACUGAGCUAUGGGCAAGUAAUAACCUUGUUAUUGGCGGCACAUUAUUCAAUCACAAACGCAUUCACAAAGUAACGUGGACGUCACCUGACCAUACUACCGAAAACCAAAUCGAUCACAUUGCCAUAAGUCGUAAAUGGCGCGGCUCCCUCACGGAUGUUCGCAACAAGAGGGGAGCGGACAUAUCAAGCGACCACCAUCUCCUCAUCGCUGUAGUCCGGCUAAAAGUUGCGGCAAUAACCCAACAAAAGUCGCAACGCCGCUUCAAUGUGGAAAAAUUGAAGGACGAGAGGGCCUCCACUAGGUUCGUCGAAGCACUAACCUCGACCACUGCCCCAACUACACCACACGAAAAUGAGUGGCAGCGAACCAAGCAAGUUUUCCUGAACUCAGCAGAGACCCAUUUAGGCUUUAAGGCAAUCAAGCGCAAGUGCUGGAUAUCAGACAGAACCUGGAACCUAAUUAAUGAUCGCAGAGACAUCAAAAACCAACUAAACUGUGCUAAAACAAGGCUAUCUAAGACAGUCCUGCAGCAGCGAUACAGCGACAUGGACAAGCAGGUUAAGAAAAGUGCAAGAACGGACAAAAGGAUCUGGAACGACAACAUAGCCAGCAACGCGCAGUCCGCGGCGGAGACGCAUCGCACCCGUGAUCUUUUCCUCGCCAUACGCAAUUUAACCAACAAGUCACAGAAGUCCAGUAAGCCGUUUAAGGAUGAGCAUGGCGAAAUGACGACGCCCAAAACUAAACAAGUACGCAUUUAG